UUCAUUUCAAUUUCCACGGCGCCAAACGCUUCCUUACUAAACUCUGUAUACCACACUCCCGCCGGCGACUGCAACAAACAUCUAUAUCGUUUGGUUGUAUUAUAUUCUAGAAUUCCAGCUGAGGAGUUGAAAAGCUAGAAGAUGAUGGCUCCACUGGGCAGCCUAGAAUUUUGUUGGAGACAAAUGGGUUCAAAUUUGUGUUUUGUUACUCCAAUUCUUGAACCAGUUUCUAGUAGCAGGCUUAAUUUCAGAAAAGUAAUCAGUUGGCCCAAAGGAAAGAGCAGGGGCCCGGAUUUUUUUCGUCGGAGGAAUGAUGGAGGAAGAAUUUUUUGUUGUUUUGCUAAUUCAGAGGGGGUUUAUUCAGUGGCAAGUCGACGAGGGCGUUGGGAGGAUCCAGAUGAUGGUAGUGGCAGUGAAUAUGAUGAGGAGAGCGAAGAGGAGGAAGAGGAGGAGAGUGACUUGGAUUUUGAGAGUGAUUGGGAACCGGAGAAUGGCGCUGCACGUCUCGUUGAAGUUGCCGAUCACUUGUCUGAGAGCAAGGAGGAGGAAGAUUUUGUAAAGGAGGUUGAACAGCUUUUGAGCCCAGAAGAAAGAGCAAUUCUGCAAACGAAUGAAACUCCUUAUUCGGAGAAAAUAUCAACUGUAAAAUGGAAACCUUUUCAUACUUUUGCGCUGGCUGGGCAGAUAAAGUUUAUGGAUAGACUUCUUGAAAAUGGGCUUGAUGUUGACCAGGUCGAUAAGGAUGGUCUUACUGCCUUACAUCAUGCAAUUAUUGGCAAAAAAGAGGCAGUUAUAAGUCACCUUCUCAGGAGAGGUGCAAACCCUCAUCUUAGAGAUUUGGAUGGAGUUACACCCCUUCACUAUGCAGUUCAAGUAGGAGCAAUGCAAACUGUCAAGUUAUUGAUCAAGCACAAUGUUGAUGUGAAUGCUGCUGAUAAUGAAGGGUGGACUGCGCUACACAUUGCCAUGCAAACUAGAAACAGAGACAUAGCGAAAAUCUUGCUAGUAAAUGGUGCAGACAAGACAAGGAGAAAUAAGGAUGGGAAUACACCUUGGGAUCUCAGCUUAUGUUAUGGGAAGGAUUUCAAGUCUUAUGAGCUUGCCAGGUUACUCAAGAUUGUACCAGCUUACAGAGAAUUAUGAGUGGUUAUUGUGAUGCCAUUCUGGUAUAGAAAAUCUAUUGUCAACACCAGAGGUGAUUUGCAGUUUAUUGACAUGAUAAUAACCGAUGAUCAAUCAUGUUCAAUAGCUUCCUUUCUAGCUAAAUCAUCUCAGCUCCUUGGACAGCAAAAUUAGCCCAUACAUGCCUUGCCUUUGAUCAAAGAUACCAUGCUUCUGUUCGUUAGGCAUGGUAAGAGUGUUUGCAAUAUUGAAACAACUGUUGCAUUCAGGACCAACUGUACUUGAAAGUGGAGUUGUUUAAGAUACAAAACUCCCAAUUGCCAUGUCUCCAGAUUCAAAACCAUCACUUCUCCAAUUCCGAUGAUGCAGAAAUGGAUCAGCAUGCUCAAUCUUGUGGUGAUUGCUUCAGAUCGGAUAGUGUCACCACCAAUUAAACAUUUUUAUUAGUCAACUGGAUUUCCUUUCAUGCUGAUAGGCCCUUUAUUCUCUUUUGUGACAUUUAGUUUAGGACACUUUUUGACAAUGAAGAGACUCCAGCCUUCUAUUAUCUUUACGUGAAUAAACCUGCUAAAUUGUAAUACAUUUGUUUGUGCA